AGAUUCAAAGCAACCCUUGUUGCGGCGAUCGACACGUGAAAAGCGGCCCAACAGCUUGUACCAACCGAGUGUGUGGACCCAGUAGAAUUGGGCUGGGCCACAGUGAGGGAGAGAGGUCCAUAGCUCAUCGCUAUAAGAGACCGGCAGGGAAGAGAACGAAUCAAACAUUGUAGAAACAAAUAUUCGGAAAUCAAUUCAAAUCUCUCCCUGUUCUAUUGCUGCCUCUACCUGUUCUUAGCUGUUCUUCCCCAAACUCUCAAUUCUCUCCCUAAAUCCUCAAUUUCUUCCCUUGUUGUGGCACAAAUUCUUCAGAGACGUAACAAUUUGGUAUCAGAGCAAUCAUCCUGGAGAAGCCACGCUAUACAUCUAGGUUGCAAUUGCAAGUGGAGGCGAUGGAAAAGCAGAAUCUGGACUUCGGCAAAAUCCUCGGCGACAUCCAGGAAUCCCUCGCAUCGCUCAACACCAAGCAGGCGGAGACACAAGCAGCCGUGGUGAAGUUGGAUGCGGGAGUGAGUGGAUGGAGACCUCAAGUGGAAUCAGCAAUUCAGGGGUUGCGCGAGGAAGUCAGCGAACUUCGUCAGUAACUCGACCUCGUCGGCAAAUCUCAGCAAUCUGCACCGGCUGCGUCUUCCCCUUGAGUCCCAUCGACGGGUGAGGAAAGGAAGGCGCCGCUGCUGCCGACUCCAUCGGAGGCGAAGGCGGCGCGGCUUCCGACGCCGCCGACUUCCACCCAACUCGCCGCAGCCGAAGGAGGAAGCAAAUGGGCUGCAGGCCACCACGUUCAGAUGAAUUUCCGGGGAAGGACACCGGUGGUCAGUUCGACUCAGGGUCCAGCCCCGGGCAAGGGUACGAUUGAUUUCACCCCGAAUUUUACUUCUAAAUUUGAUGGGGGAGGUUGGGAGUCUGGGGAAUUUGAUUCUGAGCAUGGUGAUAGACAGUACAAUCAUCGGGUGCCUAAGUUAGACUUCCCAAAAUUUGAUGGUUCAGACUCUCAGGAGUGGAGGAUGAAGUGUGAGCACUAUUUUGAUGUUAACAAUACUUUCCCGGGGUUAUGGGUGAGGAUAGCAACCAUUUACUUCCUAGGACGAGCAGCAUCUUGGUUGAGAUCUUCUAGAGCUCAUUUGAGAUUUCCAAUGUGGGAAGAUUUUUGUGCUGCUGUUUCUGCAAAAUUUGAUAGGGAUCAACAUGAGAAUUUGAUUAGGCAAAUGGAUAGCAUAAAACAGAAUGGUACAGUUUGGGAGUUUUAUGAACGCUUUGAUGAAUUGAUGAAUCAACUGUUAGUUUAUGACCCAACUCUUAGCUCAAAGUACUUGACUCAUAGAUUUACUAAAGGGUUAAGGAGGGAGAUUAGAAAUGCAGUUUUGUUACAACGUCCCAAGGACCUCGAGUCUGCCCUUGCUGUUGCCUUGUUGCAGGAAGAAGUGAUGGAAAAUUCUCCACCUACCACUGUCAGAGAGUUUAAGAAAUCAGAUGGAAGCUCUUCUCUGAAGAUUAAUGGAAAAGGGGCUUGGCCAUUACCAUUACCACCAGGAAAAGGAGGGGGAGUGCCUGUCAGUAAUCGUGCAGAUGAGAGACGCAGUUCAGAUACUGUUCGCAGUCCGACAAGCCUAACUGAAAAAGUGUCUGCUCUGAAAUCUUAUCGGCGAGCUCAAGGGUUGUGUUAUGUCUGUGCUGAGAAGUGGUCUCCAAAUCAUAAGUGUGCUUCAUCAGUGCAAUUGAAUGUGGUACAAGAGUUACUAUGUCUGUUCUUAGAAGAAGACAGUCAUGUUGAAUCAGAGAAUGCUGGACAGAAUGGUUCUUUGACUAGGGAACUUAUGGCCAUUUCCUUACAAGCAGUACAAGGGACUGAACCAGAUGGAACCAUGCGAAUGUUGGGGCAAUUACAGGGUAAGGAGUUAUUGGUUUUAGUGGAUUCCGGCAGUUCUGUCAGCUUCAUUAGUUCACAGAUAGCUGAAGGAUUGACAGGAAUACAGCCUCUCUCUAGAAGGUUGUCAGUCCGAGUGGCGAAUGGAGAGACAUUGUGUUGUGGAGCAAUUAUUCCAAACUGUGAAUGGCAAGUGCAGGGUCAUAAAUUUCAGACAACUCUAAGGGUUUUACCUAUAACCAGCUAUGACAUGAUCUUGGGAAUGGAUUGGCUAAUGAAACACAGUCCAAUGUCAGUGGAUUGGUCUCUGAAAACUAUCACUUUAAGCUUGCAGGGAACUACCGUCACACUGCAAGGGGUGCAUUCAGAAUUGGCUCAUUGCAAAAUUCUUUCGGCAAAUGAAAUGCAACAGUUCCAACAACGCAAGGCUGUGGCACAUAUGGUUCAACUUUGUUCAAUCACGGAUGAUGUUGAGCCUGAGACCAUUCCAGUUCCUGUACAGGAACUAAUGCAGGAGUUUACUACAGUUUUUGCUGAACCAAAAGGGUUACCUCCCACAAGACCCUUUGAUCACUCUAUACCAUUGCUACCUGGGGCACAACCGAUCAAUGUGAGACCAUAUCGUUACACACCGGCACAAAAAGGAUGAAAUAGAAGCUCAGGUCACUGAAAUGUUGCAAAAUGGCAUCAUACAACACAACACUAGUCCCUUUGCCUCUCCAGUCUUACUAGUGAAGAAGAAAGACGGAUCUUGGCAUUUUUGUGUGGAUUACAGACACCUAAACGCCAUCACAGUGAAGAACAAAUGCCCUUUGCCAAUAAUUGAUGAGUUGUUGGAUGAACUGUCAGGUGCACAAUGGUUUACAAAGUUAGAUUUACGCGCUGUAUAUCAUCAAAUCAGAAUGAAAGUAGAGGAUGAGCAUAAGACUGCCUUCCGUACUCACCAUGGGCACUUCGAGUUUAGAGUGCUACCGUUCGGACUGACCAGUGCACCAGCAACAUUUCAGGGAAUAAUGAAUAGCAUCCUGUCAACAUUACUUCGACGUUGUGUGUUGGUUUUUGUCGAUGACAUAUUGAUCUACAGCAGAACUCUAGAAGAUCAUAUCCAUCAUCUUCGGGCAGUUUUUCAGAUUCUGAACAAACAUGGUUUGAAGGUUAAACAGAGUAAAUGCUCAUUUGCCCAACAAAAGUUAUCGUACUUGGGGCAUAGCAUUGGUCCAAAUGGAGUGGCCACAGAAACUGACAAAAUUGCAGCAGUUAGAGAUUGGCCUACACCGCAAUCGGUCAAGGAGUUGCGCAGUUUUCUGGGCUUGGCAGGGUACUACCGCAAAUUUGUCAAGAAUUUCGGCAUCAUCAGUAAGCCUCUUACUAAUCUUUUGCGUAAAGGUCAGUUGUUUGCUUGGACCUCAAUGACUAAUGAAGCUUUCCUCACCCUUAAGCACACACUUGUGUCGGCACCGGUCCUUGCACUGCCAGAUUUCUCUAUUCCUUUUGUGGUUGAAACUGAUGCAUCGGAUAAGGGAAUAGGUGCAGUUUUAAUGCAAAGAAAUCAUCCUGUGGCUUUCCUUAGUAAGGCGUUGGGUCCUCGACAUUUGGGAUUGUCCACUUAUGAGAAGGAAAGUUUGGCAAUUAUGCUAGCAAUCGAUCAUUGGAGACCGUACUUGCAACAUGCCGAGUUUUCAAUUCGUACUGACCACCGCAGCUUGGCUUUCUUAGAUGAACAGCGUCUCACUACACCUUGGCAACACAAAGCACUCACCAAACUGCUUGGUCUUCAGUACAAAAUUCUCUAUAAGAAAGGUUCUGAAAAUAGUGCAGCUGAUGCCUUGUCUCGGUAUCCUGAUAAAGAAACUGUGGUGCUGUCAGCUCUCUCAGUUUGUAUUCCAGAAUGGACUCAAGAAGUGAUUGAAGGCUAUGCCCAGGACUCUGACUCUCUUAGUAAGGUUCAAACCUUAUGUAUCAAUAAUUCUGCAAUCCCAGAUUUCACUUUGAAAAAUGGUCUUCUCUAUUUUAAGGAUAAAAUGUGGAUAGGAAAUAAUCCUAUUGUCCAGCGAAAGAUUUUAGCAAACUUGCAUACAGCUGCCAUUGGGGGACAUUCUGGCAUUACUAUGACUUAUCAAAGGAUUAAACAGUUAUUUGCUUGGAUUGGUCUGCGAUCUGAUGUAGUGAAGUUCAUUCAACAUUGUACCAUAUGUCAACAGGCCAAAGGAGAGCAUGUGAAGUAUCCUGGGAUGUUGCAGCCAUUACCGGUUCCAGAGCAAUCUUGGCAAAUUGUCUCUUUAGACUUCAUUGAAGGUUUGCCUCGGUCUUCUACCUUUAAUUGCAUCUUGGUAGUGGUGGAUAAAUUCUCGAAGUAUGCACACUUUGUGGCUUUGGCACACCCAUUUACAACUUUGGAGGUUGCUGAGGCAUAUAUGCAACACAUUCAUCGAUUACAUGGAUUGCCUGAGGCUAUCAUCUCUGAUCAGGACCGUAUCUUCACUAGUAACCUGUGGACUACUUUGUUCAGACUUGCAGGCACUCAGUUGAGAAUGAGUUCCUCUUACCAUCCACAAUCCGAUAGGCAAACUGAAAGGAUGAAUCAGUGUCUCAAAACCUUUUUGAGAUGCUUUGUGCAUGCUAGUCCUUCACAAUGGAGCCGUUGGUUAGCCCUCGCGGAAUAUUGGUAUAAUACAUCUUUCCACUCUUCGCUGGGUACUACUCCAUUUGAAGUUCUUUAUGGUCAUAAACCUCGUUAUUUUGGGUUGACGGCCUCUGCUGCAUGUUCUGCACCGGAAUUAUCAGAUUGGCUUCAUGAGAGAGACAAGAUGCAGACUCUUAUUCGUGAGCAUUUACUAAGAGCACAAAUGCGCAUGAAGCAUCAGGCGGAUACCAAGCAUUCCGAGCGUUCGUUUGCUGUUGGUGACUGGGUAUAUAUGAAACUCCAACCUUUUGUGCAGCAGUCUGUGGUCACUUGCACCAAUAGGAAGUUGUCAUUUCGUUUCUAUGGACCAUUCCAGGUGCUUGCUAAGGUGGGAUCAGUGGCCUACCGUCUUGAUCUACCCCCUUCCUGUCUUAUUCAUCCGGUGAUUCAUGUCUCACAACUCAAUAAGGCAGUAGCUCCAUCAGAUCAAGUUCAUUCCAAAUUGCCAAUCCUGGAUGAUGCAGAUGCUGUUACUCCUGUUCCUCAGCAGGUGAUAGAUCGUCGAUCUGUGCAUAAAGGUGCUAAGAUGGUGGAGCAGGUUCUAAUCCGAUGGUCAGGUCCAGACUCUGCUGUGGUGACAUGGGAAAAUCUACAAGAACUACAACAACGUUUUCCUCAGACAAAAGCUUGGGAACAAGCUUCGUUUCAAGGAAGGGGGAAUGUCAUGGCAUGCACUACUUCAGGACCAUCUCAGGAAGGCGAAGAGCAAGGCGGGAGACAAGAUUCAAAGCAACCCUUGUUGCGGCGAUCGACACGUGAAAAGCGGCCCAACAGCUUGUACCAACCGAGUGUGUGGACCUAGUAGAAUUGGGCUGGGCCACAGUGAGGGAGAGAGGUCCAUAGCUCAUCGCUAUAAGAGACCGGCAGGGAAGAGAACGAAUCGAACAUUGUAGAAACAAAUAUUUGGAAAUCAAUUCAAAUCUCUCCCUGUUC